AGGACUACUAAUAUUCGGUCAAAUAACCACCCCCCUGAUGAACCAUGGUCUCCCACUCAGUACUGACCGCCCGGGAGAACCCCACCUACCCUACCUAAUAGAUACCGAACCUGAUCCACCCGAGCCUGAUCUACCCCUUAGCUCGUCUGGGCUUGGCAGGAGUCUUCUGUUUCUGCUUUUAAUCACAACGACGACGCCCAGAAUGUCAACCGUCAAACCAGUGCUCAUCUCGGGCGGCGGCCUCGCGUCGCUGCUCCUCGCCCAGUCGCUGCGGCUGUCCAAGAUACCCUUCCAGAUUUUCGAACGCGAUGCAUCCUUCUCGUUCCGCGCCCAGGGCUACCGCCUACGCCUGUCGCCGGAGGGUCUCGACGCCAUCGAGUCAGUCCUCGGCCCCGAGCACUUCCAGCGCUUCUGGGACAAGUGCGGCAAGACCGGCGGCAGCGGCGUUUCCGUAAUCAAUGCCGUCACCGCCGAGCUGAUAAGCCAGACGAACCCCGAGGCUCUCGUCUCUCGGGGCGGCAAGGUCGUCGGCAUUGCGCGCGGCGACAUGCGCAAGAUCUUCGCCGAGGGCUGCGAAGACCACAUCGAGUGGUCCAAGCACGUCGCCGGCUACGAGCUGACCGACGACGGCGUGCGGGCCGUGUUCGCCGACGGCACCAAGUCCAUCGAGGGGUCACUGCUCGUCGGCGGUGAGGGCAUCUCCUCCAAGGUGGCUAAGCAGGUAUCCGGCGGGAAGAUCAAGGUCUACGACACGGGCGCCAGGGGGAUCCACGGCCAGGCGCCGACAAGGUCCUUCAGGCUCCUGGGCGAAGGCGUCUUUCGGCUCACCGACCCAACACACCCCAACGGGACAAUCUCCAUCAUAACCAACGUCCGCUCCGGCGACAUGGACGACCCGGACAUCGAGUUCGGCUGGACCAUGAUCGGGCCGCCCGGUGCGAUCCGCGCCCCCAACGACAACUACAGCAUCGUCGGCAAGGGCGCCGCAGCCAUCGCCCAGGACCUGACCAAGAACUGGCACCCGAGCUUCAAGCCGCUGUUCGUCGACAUGAACGAGGCCGAAGCCGCCUUCUGGAAGAUCACGUGCUCCACACCGUCGGGCGUGCCCGAGUGGCCCAACGAGCCGCGCGUGACCGUGAUCGGCGACGCCGCGCACUCGAUGACGCCGGCGGGUGGCAUCGGCGCCAACACGGCCGUCCGCGACUCGGCGCUGCUCGGGAGGCUGCUGCGCGAGGCGGGCGGCUACGGGCCAGGCGUCACGGCGGAGUACGAGAAGGGCAUGAGGGAGUAUGCCAGUGCGGCCGUCCACAGCAGCUAUUCAUCCGCCGUCAACGCCUUCGGCAUCAAGAUAGAGGAGGGGUCCAGUGCCACGAUAUAACCUGUAGAGUAGUUCAUGAUGCGCCACGAUAUAACCAAUAGCAGUGCCACGAUAUAACCAGUAGAGUAGUUCAUGAUGUGCCACGAUAUAACCAGUAGAGCAGUUCAUGAUGGAUUGGAAGGAAAUGUCAACUAUCUAGCCAAUCAUCCAACGAGAACAAAUGUUAGAGGGGAGCUCAUUGUUGA